CCUGCUCUCCUUCCCUCAUGCCAUCGCUCUCGCAUUCACCUCUUCUCGUUCUACCUCUCUCUCGGCUUCUCUCUUUUUCUCAUUCGCCUUUGCAUUGUUAUUUUUGCUACAUUUUACACUGCUCGCACCUCUCUCUCGCUCUCGUUCUCUCAGUCUCUUCUCACUCGCCUUUGCAUUGUUUUUCUUGCUACAUUUUUCUACACUGCUCGCACCUCGCUCUCGCCUCAGAAUUCACACUCUGCAAGCACCUCCGUCAUCGAUCCUCCCAUACAGCCCGUCGUAGCCACUACAGUAGCACGCUCUUAGUCGAUAUAACGGCAUCUAAUAUACCAAAAAAGCUUCUUCUUAUUCCUCCUCCGUCCUCACCAUUGUUACUUCACAGCUCCACCAUAAACUAUCCGCCCUUGAAUUCAAAUUGAAAGGCUGUCUGGUUAUAGGUAGAACGUAUCAUCUAACACUUCCUGUAAGAGCUAGCAAAAAUAUCGACGCACUUCAACAACAUGGAGCACAAAUUUGAGUCCGUCUACUUUAAAGCUGACAAGAAGCAAACACAAGGACCACAGGCCAGAUGUCAUGAAUGGGGCCAUAAAAACUCUCAUGCG